GGCCGCUCCUGGUGCUGCCUGUGUGCUCCUUCAGUGCGGACCUGGUGCCUCUUUUGUGAAGCGGCAGCUGAGGAGACUCCGGCGUUCGCCAUGGCCAACGAGAAACCCAAGGAAGGAGUCAAGACCGAGAACAACGACCAUAUUAAUUUGAAGGUGGCAGGGCAGGAUGGCUCUGUCGUACAGUUUAAAAUUAAGAGGCAUACACCACUUAGUAAACUAAUGAAAGCCUAUUGUGAACGACAGGGUUUGUCAAUGAGGCAGAUCAGAUUCCGGUUUGAUGGACAGCCAAUCAAUGAAACAGACACACCUGCACAGUUGGAAAUGGAGGAUGAAGAUACGAUUGAUGUGUUCCAGCAGCAGACAGGAGGUGUCUACUAAAAAGGGAACCUGAUACUUUACUCCAGAAUUUUGUUAUAGACCAAGAAUACAUUCGCAAUUAGAAAGCCGCAAUUUGGUUCCACCACAUCCUGACUACUACGGUAUAGUUUUCUCUAUUCUUUCAUUUCCCUGUCCCCAUUUCUUUAUUGUACAUAAAGUAACUGGUGUAUGUGCACAAGCAUAUUGCGCUUUUUCCUUUUUUCUUUUUUUUUCUUUUUUUUUUCUUUUUUAAACUAAAUGGCCAAUGUUCUGUUUUGAUUGACAUCAGAUGGAGGUGGUCGGGGGAAGUACUGGUUCUGUGAAAAUACCCCCUACUCCAUUAGUGGCAUGCUCAUUCAGCUCUUAUCUUUAUAUUCCAGUAAGUUAUUUUGCUCUCAAUGUUUUAACAAAAGAA